UCGAUCAAUGGAAACAUGAAUGAAGAGGAGAGAGUUGGUUCAUCGUCCUCUUCUUCGUCUUCUCUUCCUGUGAGCUACGGAGUUAAUUGUGAAAAAUACGAAUUCUCUUCCUCUGUUUCUUCUCUGUCUCAACCGUUCUCUCCGGAAGGUUCAAGUAACAAGAGUUUUGUUAUUGAAAACAAUCUUUCUUCUGUUUUCUCGUUGGACAAUAGAAACAAUAACAUCUUCAUCUUUCCUAGAGAUAGACCAUGUUCUUGUCUCCACCAUGUCUUGGAGUGGAUUCUACAGAGAUGUUGUCGUUGCCUCUGUUAGCCUUCCAUCUUCUUUCAAACUUAAACCAUCAAAAUCUUGUGGCCGGUCCUCAUGCUAUAUCAAAUUAUAUGCAAGU